AAGUUUCCUGGAAGGUGGUAAAAAAGAAGAAGGAAUUUUCGUGGACUUUUCUUUCGAAUAUUAUUUCGCGACGACUUCGAGUCUUCCUCUGGUCUACUCCUUGCAGUUCAAAUUCGCCUCUUAAGCGACUCUUGGUCUUCAAUCUCUUCCUCACCGAAUUCCUUCGCUAUACGAAGUCUCUCCGAUUCUCUUCCUAGACUCUUCUUCUCAUUCUUCCUCCCUUCUCGUUCCGUUUGGUUCCGCCAUGGCUUCCGAUCUCGUAGAGAAAGCCAAAGAAGAAUCCAUGAAUGGGCACAGCGAGCUCGCCGCAGAGUUGCUCACGCAAGCUAUUUCUCUUAAUCCUGAUAAUGGCGAGCUCUAUGUCGAACGAGCUCAGGUCAACAUUAAUCUCAAUAACUUCGCCGGUGCUGUUUCCGAUGCAAACAAGGCAAUUGAGCUAAAUCGUAAUCUACCGAAAGCCUAUUUGCUCAAAGGUGUUGCGUGCAUGAAACUUGGGCAAUAUCAGACUGCUAAGACAGAUCUGGAGAAGGGAACUUCAUUAGCCCCAGGAGAAUCGGAAUUCAUAAAUUUGAUCAAAGAAUGUGAUAUUUACGUUGCAGAGGAAACUUGUGAUAUGUCAAUUGAAGAAGUUCAGUCAAAUGAGGAUCUUACAAAACAAGUAACAGUACCAUCUUCUAAACCGAAAUACAGGUAUGAAUUCUACCAAAAGCCUGAUGAGUUGGUAGUGACCAUAUUUGCUAAGGGUGUCCCUCAGGAUUGUGUUGUUCUUGAUUUUGGUGAGCAAAUGUUAAGUGUUAGAAUCAAUGUCCCUGGGGAAGAUGCAUAUAAUUUUCAACCUCGUCUAUUUGGAAAGAUAAUACGUUCCAAGUGCCGAUACGAUGUUCUCUCUACAAAAAUUGAAAUUCGCCUGGCAAAAGCGGAGCCUAUCACCUGGAAAUCUCUAGAGUAUACAAAGGACAUUACAAUUCUGCAGAAGGCUUGUGUAUCCUCCGGUAAUGGAGGCCGAAGACCCACUUAUCCAUCUUCAAAACCAAUGAGAGUAGAUUGGGAUAAACUUGAAGCUCAAGUAAAAAAAGAGGAGAAAGAAGAAAAACUUGAUGGUGAUGCAGCGUUGAAUAAAUUUUUUCGGGAUUUAUAUCAGGAUGCUGAUGACGACACCAGAAGAGCAAUGAGAAAGUCAUUUGUGGAGUCCCAUGGUACAGUGCUGUCUACGAACUGGAAGGAAGUGGGAUCGAAGACGGUGGAGGGAAGUCCUCCUGAUGGCAUGGAACUGAAGAAAUGGGAAUAUUGAUCGAUCUGAUUCCUAAAUUAUAGAUAGUUUUUGGGGUAUUUCUGUUAUAUAUUUUCAAGAGUGUCAUUGUUAGUUCUUGGGAGGGGCGGCGGGGAGAGAGAGUCAUUGUUAAUUAUUGAUGUGGACCUUAUGGUUUAAUAUGAUAAGUUAUUCUGAUGAUGACUAAAGAUUUUAAGCUUGAUUUGU